GGUGUCGUUGCACCGCGCGCUGGAUUUAACCGGUGAUCAUCAGGAUGGCGACGCCUCUGACAGACCAGGAGAAACGCAAGCAGAUCAGCAUCAGAGGAAUUGUCGGCGUGGAAAAUGUGGCGGAGUUGAAAAAAGGCUUUAACCGACACCUGCACUUCACGCUCGUGAAGGACAGAAACGUCGCCACGCCACGCGAUUAUUAUUUCGCGCUCGCCCACACAGUGCGUGAUCACCUGGUGGGACGCUGGAUCCGGACACAGCAAUUUUAUUAUGAGGCCGACCCGAAGCGUGUAUAUUACUUGUCCCUGGAAUUCUACAUGGGUAGAGCGCUCCAGAACACCAUGGUUAACCUGGGACUGCAGAAUGCGUGUGAUGAGGCUGUUUAUCAGUUGGGCUUGGAUAUGGAGGAUUUGGAGGAGAUGGAAGAAGAUGCUGGUUUGGGAAAUGGAGGGCUGGGAAGACUAGCAGCUUGUUUUCUGGACUCUAUGGCGACUCUGGGUCUGGCCGCUUAUGGAUAUGGGAUCCGUUAUGAGUAUGGAAUCUUUAACCAGAAAAUCAAAGAUGGCUGGCAGGUUGAGGAGGCAGAUGAUUGGUUGAGGUAUGGUAAUCCGUGGGAAAAGGCCCGUCCUGAGUUCAUGCUGCCGGUGCAUUUCUACGGCCGUGUGGAAGAAAAAGACGGAGCAGAACCUAAAUGGGUUGACACACAGGUGAUUCUGGCAAUGCCAUACGACACGCCUAUUCCUGGCUACAUGAACAACACCGUGAACACCAUGCGUCUGUGGUCUGCACGAGCACCCAAUGACUUCAACCUGCGAGACUUUAAUGUAGGUGAUUAUAUUCAGGCGGUUCUGGACCGAAACUUGGCUGAGAACAUUUCCCGUGUGCUCUAUCCCAAUGACAAUUUUUUUGAGGGCAAGGAGCUGCGUCUGAAGCAGGAAUAUUUUGUGGUGGCAGCGACUUUACAGGAUGUGAUCCGACGCUUUAAGACUUCAAAGAGGAGCAGCUCUACACCGCUGUCAUUUGACAGCUUUCCUGAUAAGGUUGCCAUUCAGCUGAAUGAUACUCAUCCUGCUAUGGCCAUUCCUGAGCUCAUGAGGAUAUUUGUGGACAUUGAGAAGCUGGACUGGGACACUGCCUGGGAUAUUACUAAGCGAACGUUCGCAUACACCAACCACACAGUUCUUCCUGAAGCUCUGGAGCGCUGGCCAGUUGAACUCAUGGAGAAACUUUUACCCCGACACCUGCAGAUCAUAUACAAGAUCAACCAAAUACAUCUGGAUCAUAUAGCAUCUCUGUUUCCAGAUGAUAUGGCUCGAAUCUCCAGGAUGUCUUUGAUUGAGGAAGGAGGGGGGAAGAGAGUAAACAUGGCUCAUCUCUGCAUUGUGGGAUCACACAAAGUUAAUGGAGUCGCAGAGAUUCACUCUGAAAUCAUCAAAAAAGAUGUAUUCCGAGACUUUAGCGAGCUGGAACCAGAGAAGUUUCAGAAUAAAACAAACGGGAUCACACCACGGCGCUGGCUGCUUCUCUGCAACCCUGGACUUGCUGAUCUGAUUGCAGAGGCUAUCGGUGAAGAAUUUGUGAAGGAUCUGAAUCUACUGCAGAACUUGAAUAAUGUAGUUGAUGAUGAUACUUUCAUUAGAGAUGUUUCCAAAGUCAAACAGGAUAACAAGCUGAAGUUUGCGCAGUACUUGGAGAAGGUGUACAAAGUGGACAUAAAUCCUUCAUCCCUGUUUGACGUCCAUGUGAAAAAUCAUGAAUAUAAACGACAGCUGCUCAACUGCCUUCACGUCAUCACCAUGUACAAUCGCAUCAAGAGAAACCCUAACAAACCGUUCGUACCACGGACUGUGAUCAUAGGUGGCAAGGCUGCUCCCGGAUAUCACAUGGCAAAGAUGAUCAUUAAGUUGAUCACCUCUGUCGCUGAUGUCGUCAAUAACGAUCCUGUUAUUGGCCGUAAACUAAAAGUAAUUUACCUGGAGAACUACAGGGUAUCACUGGCAGAAAAAGUCAUCCCGGCCACCGACCUGUCCGAGCAGAUUUCGACUGCGGGUACGGAAGCAUCCGGAACAGGAAAUAUGAAGUUCAUGUUGAAUGGUGCCUUGACCAUUGGUACUAUGGAUGGUGCCAAUGUCGAGAUGGCAGAGGAAGCUGGAGAAGAGAACCUCUUUAUAUUUGGCAUGCGGGUGGAGGAUGUAGCCGAGAUGGAUAAAGAAGGCUAUGAUGCCUUGAAAUAUUAUCAGAGUCUUCCAGAGCUGAAACAGGCCAUGGAUCAGAUUAAAAGUGGCUUUUACUCACCACAACAACCUGAAAUGUUCAGUGACAUUAUCAACAUGCUGUUCCAUCAUGAUCGGUUUAAAGUUUUCGCAGACUAUGAGUCUUAUGUCAAAUGUCAAGAGAGAGUGAGCGCUCUGUAUAAGGAUCAAAGAGAGUGGACUCGGAUGGUAAUUAAGAACAUUGCAGCAUCUGGAAAGUUCUCCAGUGACCGCACCAUUAAAGAGUACGCCACUGAGAUCUGGGGGGUGGAGCCCACAGACCUGAAGAUUCCUCCUCCCAGUGAACCACGUGAAGCUCUGGAGGAAACUGCCCGUGCCCUACGCAAGAUCUAAACACAUAUCGGUUGUGUUGAAGGAUCAUGAGAUCUUGUUACAGCAGUUACCUAACAUGAAGACCCUGUUUUGUUUUCUUCUGUAAACUUUCACUUUCUUGCUUGACUAAGUAAUGCAUUAAACAAAAAAUGACAAUAAUCUACAAAUAAAUCCUUAAUUCAACUUGGAA